AUGGUUGGCAAGGAUUGCACUAUUUUUUCGUGGAACAUUCGUGGUGCGGCGAGUAGAGAGGUAAAACAAUACCUUCGUGACCUCUUGUUUGACACUAUGCGCAAGUAUUGGGAGAGUUUGGGUUUCUUGCCUGUACAUAUUGUUGAGGCUCAGGGACACUCGGGUGGUUUGUGGUGUUUAGCUUCAUCCCACUGUAUCUCUUGCUACUCUCUAGUUGAGGCGUUUGAUCAGGCUGUUACGGUGGAGGUCCGGUCAGCUACUCUUUCUUGGGUGGGUACUGACGUGUAUGCUAGCCCAGUGCCUUCCUCUCGGGAAUUGUGCUGGCACUACUUGGUUGGACUCCGACAACGAAUCUCUCAACCUUGGAUGAUUGUGGGGGAUUUUAAUGAUUCUUUGCUCAGCUCUGAUCAACGAGGCGGUGUGUUCUCUCAGACGAGGGCUAACCUCUUUGCCGGUAUGAUUCAUGAUUGUAGCUUCAUUCCCCUCCACACGAUUGGUUUGCGGUUCUCUUGGGUGCGGAGAUUCCACUCAGAUCACUCACCGGUCCUGGUUAGAUGUGGGGGUCGGCAUGUGUUUCGUGGUGCUAGGCCCUUUCGUUUUGAAGCUGCAUGGCUCUCCCAUUCUGAGUAUGAGCAGGUUGUGGCAUCAGCUUGGGUACCCCAGGAGAAUCUCACUGCCAACCCGCGCACAGUCCAGGAGCAUUCUUUGGUGUUUAAUCGAGAGGUGUUUGGUGAUAUCUUGCGACGGAAACAUACUUUGGAAGCACGGAUAAGGGGGGUCCAGUUGAGACUUGACAAAGUGGAUUCUGCAUCCCUCUCAUUGUUGCAUGAUCAGCUCCCGGUGGAGCUCCAUCACACGCUUGCACAGGAGGAGUUACUUUGGUUCCAGAAGUCCAGGGAGCAGGAAGCUAUGUUCGGGGGUCGUAACACACGGUACUUCCAUACAAAAAUCUCAUUUGGCGGCGGCGCAACAAAAUCCUAUCUCUCACCCUCCCCUCUGCCCCUGGAGGAGGGUCGAUAUCCUUGCCCUAUGUUGUCUCAGGCUCAUGGUCUUCAGAUUGUUGCGGAGGUGACUCCUCAGGAAUUUUGGGAGGCAGUUUCCACCAUGGGAUCCUUUAAGGCCCCUAGUCCUGACGGCUUUCAACCCAUCUUCUUCAAGUCCUUCUGGCACAUUGUGGGGGAUAGUGCCUACAAGGUUGUCAGGGAAGCUUUUGCCACAGGUUCUUUUGAUGGGGCUAUCUCAGAAACCUUGGUGGCUCUCAUUCCGAAGGUUGAUGUCCCGACCUACUUCCGUGAGUUGCGGCCUAUCAGCUUGUGCAAUGUGAUGUACAAGAUCAUUACGAAAGUCUUGGUUCUUCGCCUCAGGACUUGUCUCCAGGAGAUUGUGGGGCCUCUUCAGAGCAGUUUCAUCCCUGAGCGGGGCACCUCGGACAAUGCCAUUAUUCUCCAAGAGGUGGCCCAUUUUAUGAUGAGUAAGAAGAGGAGGAGCAGGAAUGUCUUAUUUAAGUUGGACUUGGAGAAAGCCUAUGAUCAGGUGAGCUGGUCUUUCCUUCGUUCUACUCUGGUGGAGUUUGGUUUCCCGCUCUCUACUGUUGACUUGAUUAUGCAUUGUGCUACUUCCUCUUCCGUUACGCUCCUUUGGAAUGGGAACCGUCUUCCGGCGUUUAGUGCCACUAGGGGUCUUCGACAAGGUGACCCUUUAUCACCUUAUCUUUUUGUGUUGUGCUUGAAGCGUCUUGCUCAUAGUUUAAUGUUAGAGGAAAACAAUUCGCCAACUUAA